CUUUUGCAACUUUUCUUUCACUUUUUGCUUUGUCUGUGAGGUGCAGAUAUUUUUCUGAUCCCUGACAGAUAAAUGUCACUAGUUGAAAAACCGGACGGCAUAUGUCACUAGUUGAAAAACCGGAGCUUGUGAAGGACUUGGUAAAGACUGAUGACAGAAGACAGACAACAAAUUUGAACAUCAACGUAUGCACUGCGUCUGUAUGUGCUCCACUGUUCCUCUCUGAUCAUCAGUAGCCACAGCAAGAUCCAUUGAAUUGAUAGAGAUGGGGUUACAAUCUGAAAUGUCGAAUGUGCACCCAUGAGUUGUCGUAUGAUUUUUGGGACUCUGGCAUUGACCAUCUGGUGUUAUUUUUAGGGUAUUGAUCGUGAUUCCAUGAACAUGUAAAAGAUGCCGAUCGAGGUACAGUUUGGUUUUAGCAUUCUAAAUUGCAGUUACGACGAAUGAGCAUGCUGGUGUAGAGUCUGUAGAUCGGGGUUCUGUUGGUUCACUUGAGAUUGGAGUACCACUAAGAUGGCUACAAGGCUGAUGACAAAAAUGUUCUUUGUUUUUCGACAUCACAAAAGGGACGGCUUACUUAGUGACAAAAAUCGCACAAGAGACGAGAUCUCAAGUACCGCACCUUCUUCAAAUAGCCAAGGUUUUCGAAAACGUUUCAAUGGGAUUCUUUCUCAGAAGAUCGAUUGGGAGUCCAUGAGGAAAAUAUGCAAAAAGUGGAUCAAGAACCCUCUGAAUAUGGCACUCCUUUUGUGGAUAAGUUGUGUUGCUGUCUCCGGAGCAAUCCUUUUUCUUGUGAUGACAGGAAUGUUAAACCAUGUCCUACCGGCGCAGUCUCAGAGAAAUGAGUGGUUUGAGAUUAACAAUCAAAUCAUCAAUGCUCUCUUCACUCUCAUGAGUCUUUACCAUCACCCGAAAAGGAUCCACCACCUUGUACUUCUCUUAAGAUGGAAGCCGAAAGAUGUCACAUUUCUCAGAAAAAUAUACUGUAAGAACGGAACUUACAAGCCCCAUGAACGGAUGCACAUUCUGGUUGUUGUUGCGUUCCUCCAUCUGAAUUGCUUUGCUCAGUAUGCCUUGUGUACGCUUAACUUGAGAUACAAAAGAUCUGAGCGAUCGGCUAUUGGUGUCGGUAUCUGCCUUUCAGUUGCAAUUGCUGCUCCUGCAAUCGCAGGUGUGUACUGCAUUGUCAGCCCCCUUGGAAAGGAGUACGAAGUUGAUAGCGAAUCGCAGGAUCAUAUUCUCACAAAUCAAACGAGGAAAUUUUCAUUUGCAUCUAGGAAUGAGCAAGGGAUUGCUGAAUUUGCACCUCAAUGGAGAGGGGGUUUAUUUGAUUUUCGGGAAGAUAUUGCCAUAUCUUAUCUCUCUUUUUUCUGCACCUUUUGUGUUUUUGGAUGGAACGCCAAAAGGCUUGGAUUUGGCAACAUGUAUGUUCACAUUGCAACAUUUCUCCUCUUCUGCACAGCCCCAUUUUGGAUCCUCAGUUUAGCUGCCUUCCAUAUUGACAACAACGUUGCAAGAGAAGCCAUGACUAUAACCGGCAUUGUCCUUUGUAUGUUUGGCUUGCUGUACGGUGGCUUCUGGAGAAUCCAAAUGAGGAAGAGGUUCAACUUGCCGGCGAAUAACUUAUGCUGUGGAAAGCCUGCGGUAACAGACUGUGCACAAUGGCUUUUCUGCUGCUGGUGCUCACUAGCUCAGGAAGUUCGAACUGCGAAUUUCUACAGCAUAAUGGAAGAUAACUUGUGCAGGAAGCAAAUGUCUGAGCACGAAAAUCCCUCACUAGUCCCUUUGCGGCGUGAAAGCGGAAAAACUCAAUAUAGAUCUGGCGCAAAUCAUCUACCUUCAAGCAGAGUUGAAAAAGAUUACCCUAAUGUAGACAGACAGCUCCCCAUGGAACCCCCUGUUCCAUCCAGAAUACAGAGAGAAGAAAAAAUCGAACCGAAGACGUGAAAAGGAAUGAACUACUGAUGAAGCUCUCAGAAGAGUGCUGGCACUGCUAUGUGAUUUUGAUAAACAUACAUAAAUUUUGUAUCUUCGUAUAUGCUUCUUCAGUUCCAUCAUAUCCUCUGGUUUUAAUCAGUGCCUCAUGUCUUCAAUCAUCUUUACCUGUAGUGUGUUGCAAUGAAAUAUGAAAUUACUGCAUCUUUAUUUUCUUCAGUUCCAUCA